AUGUCUACCGUAUUCUACAGGUGGGGUGCCCGGAGGGACGAGUCCCGAGUCACCUUCGAUGGUACUCAUAUCUCUCUCUUCGACCUCAAGAGGGAGAUCAUUCUUAGUAACAAGAUGGGCAAUGGAAAGGAUUUCGAUCUUGGCCUCUACGACAAUGUUACUGGAGAAGAGCUCAAGGAUGACCACGCUCAAAUCCCUCGAUCAUCCUCCCUCAUCGCCCGUCGUCUCCCGCCCUCUGCCAAAGGCCGCGGCACAGCCCAGACCUAUAUUGCCGGUACCAUCGCUGGAGACGCCCUGACCGGCGACCACCGUAUCGAAUCCCACGCCCGCCAAGCGAUGCAGGACAAGCAGCUCGGCAAAGGUCUCGGCACUGGUUUCGGAGGUGGAAUCGGGGGGCGGUUUGGAAGUGUGUCAAAGAGGUUCGAUGGGAAAGACAAGGAAGGUGCGGUGGCUGAGGAUGUCCAUGUGACGACCGGAGACAAGGAUGAAGAUGCAAAGAUUCAGGCAAUUCUAGCACAAGGGGCGGAGACGUGGGAGCAAAUGCAGGAAGAUAUGGCGGCGGGAUAUCGAGCACCUCAAGCUAGGGCUCAACGGACCGCCAAACCCUCCUCCUCCGCCAUCGCUGGUGCCGCCACAAAAUACGAUUUCUCCAUUGCACCGGACAAGGAGCCCCCUGUCGGUUAUAUCUGCUACCGCUGUGGACAGAAAGGACAUUGGAUUCAGGAUUGUCCGAAGAAUGAUGAUCCCGAAGCUGGUACGGAUCGCAAACGAUUCGUACGAGUGACGGGUAUCCCGAGAAGUUUCUUGAAGACUGUCGAGUCCCCGGCAGGAGCGGAGGGCUCAAGUGCAGGAGCUAUGUUAACUGCCGAUGGUGGCUUUGUCAAAGCCAUGCCAGAUCAGAGACAAUGGCAGAAACAGGCUGCUGUCAAGCCGCGUGCUUUGACGGGCGCCGAUGUGCGAGACCAAGAACCACUCGAACCAGAGCUCACUUGCCCGAUCUGCAAGAAACUCGUAUGGGAGGCUGUCCGAACACCCUGCUGCGACACUGCGUUCUGUGAAGAAUGUAUCACGAGCCAGUUGGUGGAUCACGACUUUGAGUGCCCACAAUGCGAAAGUAAAGUGCCGAGCUUGGACAAGCUGCGGCCUGAGGAAGAUUUGAGACGGCGAGCGAAGCAGUAUGUGGAUACAGAACUAGAAAAGAACAAAGCAGAGAAGGCCGAGGGAGACCAGAGCGAUGUGAAGGAUGAGCCUGAUUCCAAGGCAGAAGACGAAGAAGGUGCCAUAAGCUAUGAACGCCCCAAAGCUGCCAACCAAAUCCUAAAUGCUUCUGGUCAACCCGUCGCCGAAGACCUAUUGAACCCUCAAAUGAUCCAAACCUAUUUGAUGGGCGCGAAAAAAAUGCUUCUCAACCCAUCACUGAACGCGGCGGCAAAGACACUGCUGCAUAACCAAAUGCAGACCCUGCAAGCGAACCUGGUCCAGAUGCAGAUGCUGGCCAUGAUGGGUAUGGGUAUGGGUGGUGGAAUGCAGGGAAUGAACGGGAUGGGUGGUAUGAAUGGCGGGCAGGGUCAGAUGGGCAUGAUGGGCAACCAAUUCAACCAACAACAACACAACUUUCAACAACAGCAGCUGCAUCAACAGCAACAGCAAAACUUUGCGCAUAUGAAUAUGCAGAAUCACAACCAGAUGGGAAAUAUGACCAAUAUGGGAAUACAGAAUAACCAUAUGGGUGGAGGGCCCGGUAUGGGGAUGCGAGGCCGUGGUGGAUUCAGAGGAGGCUUCCGGGGUAGAGGAGGCAUGAUGGGGAAUAUGCAAAGAGCGCCCAUGGGACCGGCCGGGAUGGGCAUCAACCGGCCGCCACAGGGUCUCAAGAGGGGAGCUGAUGGAGAUCUGGGGGGCGAUUCGAAGCAACCUCGAGUCGGAGCCUGA